UGCAAUUUUAAAUACUGUGUGUACAGAUUUUAUACCUGCAAUAUUUUUCACUCCACGUGUUGCAUGUUUCAACUCGUGUUUAAUAGUUAACAUAAUAUUUUAGUAAAUAAUCUCCAGCAAAAAUGAACGUAAUUCCUUGCUGUACGUGGGUUAAAAGAGGAGUUUCGGCCGCUGUUCCCGACAAAGUGCAAUUGACAGCUGAGGAGCUUGCAGGAAUUAUAAAAAAGACUGAAUCAGAUCUUGCUGAAUUUGAAGCUAAUUCUGAUGAUGAUUCUGAUAAAGAAGAAGCUGGAUGUAGUAGCACUAACACUGACAAUAAAAACGAAGCUCCUUCAAAAUCAACAGACGAUGAAUUCAAUUUCGAGAACUAUGACCAAGAAGCUGGAGAGAUCAAGGUUACUAUGGACAGUUUGGCUUUAAUAGAAAAGGAUGGAAAAGAUCCUUACAUCACAGUGCAAGAAAGUGAAGAUGAUGACUCUGAAAAAGAAGAUGAGAUUAUUAAACCUGAUGAUAAUCUUGUGUUACUUGGACAUGUUGAUGGAGAUGCUAGUAUCCUAGAAGUUUAUGUUUACAACGAAAGAGAAGGUUCUUUCUAUUGUCACCACGAUAUUUUCUUACCAUCGUUCCCACUGUGUCUUGAAUGGCUCAGUUUUGAUCCUUCUGAUGCUAAACCAGGAAAUUUUGUUGCAAUUGGUAACAUGACGUCCGUGAUCGAAGUAUGGGAUUUAGACAUCGUCGAUUGUUUAGAACCGAUUUUCAAACUCGGUUGUAAGCCAAGUAAAAAACACAAUAGGAAACGUGUAGGUCACAAAGAUGCUGUUCUUGAUUUAGCAUGGAAUGUUCAAUUACCGCAUAUAUUGGCAAGUGGAUCUGUUGAUAAAACGGUUCUACUAUGGGACAUUGAAAAAGGAGUCCCAGAUACGAAGCUAGAUCAAUUUACCGAAAAAGUUGGAGCACUUCAAUGGCAUCCGAAAAAAUCUUACAUGUUACUAGCUGGAUCUGAAGACAAAACCGCUAAAUUAUUUGAUUGCCGAACGAGCGAUACAUUCAAAACCUGGGAAACUACUGGAGAAGUUGAACGUGUCUUGUGGAAUUAUUUUGACCCCAAUUAUUUCUUUUUAAGUACUAAAAAUGGAAUCAUUGAAUGCAUUGAUAUACGGCAAGGACAGCAUUUAUGGGAAGUAAAAGGUCACGAAAAAGAAAUAACAGGUCUGUCGCUUAGUUCUUCGUGCCCAGGAUUUUUAGUAACCUCAUCUGAAGAUGGAGUAAUUAAAGUAUGGGACGCAUUGAGCCCACAAUUAUUGGAACCUGUUUGGGAAACAGAAACAAAUUUAGGAGCUAUUCAGUGUCUUCAUUUAUCUCCAAACAGUCCGUUUACUAUCGCUGUCGGUGGUGACCAUAAAUCUCAUAAUUUCAAAGUCUGGGAUCUCACGGAAAAUUCACAAGUCAAUGAACGAUUUCGGUCACGAAGAUUGGUUGAGUCAGUCCAGAAUGAAGAAUCUGAUGCCGGAAAUCCUGAAGAUACUGAAGAGAUGGAAACUGAUGAAUAAAUUAGAUUUAAAUUAAAAAUGUUUAAAUAAUUAUAACUGAGAUAUGUUCUCA